GACUUUUGCUAGUCUAUCGCGCCCUUUUGUUUAUUUCCGCAUUCACAUCGAAACCGCGGUUGCAGAGAAAGACAAUAUUUGGGGAAAAAGACGUAAUUCCGUUUGAAACUUUCACAAUGGCACCGAAAAAGGUGGAGAUCGAGUUCUGUGCCGGAUGAGGGUACGAUUCCCGCUUCAUGGAUCUGAAAACAGACAUCCAAGCUGCAGAUCCUGAAGUGGCUGUUGACGGCAGAGUCGGCAGGAGUACUUCUUUUGAAGUCACUCUGAAUGGCCAGCUGCUUUACUCAAAACUGGAAGUGGGGAGGUUUCCUGUGCACAAGGAGAUAGUGGAUGCCAUCAUGAAGUAUAAUGGAGAGGAUGAAGUGAAACCCGUAGAUGGCACACAGAAGAAAACAUCAAAGUCCUGUGUUGUAUUGUAAGAUCAUGAGCAUUGCAUGGUUGCAAUAUGGAUAGAACCACUGGCUACUGGAAUACCUAGAAAUGUGGAAACGAUAAAACCCCAAUUAUAGCAUCUAUAUCCCAACUGUAGAUGGCAUGGUCUGACCUAUUAAUAAUAAUAAUAAUAAUUGUGCUUAAAUAGCGCUUUCCAUCAAAUCAACGAUCUCAAAGCGCUUUACAAUUAUU